AUGAACCUUUUUAUUUAUGUCCUACUUUUGUCCAUUUGGACAAAUAGUUGUUUAAAUGCAAACCAAAGUGAUGGAUCUUCUACUACAGGAGCUAAUGAAGUUGAAUCAGAGCAGACCGAAAUGGACGAUUACAGAAAACGCAUAUUCGUUAUAGUAGUUGGUGUUAUGAGCACAGCGUUUAUCUGUACCUCUUUUUGUUGCCUCCAUUAUAAUUGUUUGAGCAAAGAUGUCCCCAAAGAAAAACCGGUCCAGGAAGAUGUAGCAGCCAAGUCAUCCAAGUCAUCCAAAAUGUCACUCAGUAAACACAAGACAGCCCAUCAAUACAUUCCAGAGAAACAACCCAUGCUAUCUGGUAUAGAAACGUUAUCUGAGCCCUCAAGUCCAGAAAGAUCAUCCAGAACAUCCGGUUCAGUUUCAGAAAAGUCAUCUAUACCAUCUAGUACAGAAAAGUUCAUCAAGCCAUCAAGCCCAAAAAGAGUGUCCAGGUCAUCCCACCUGGGGAAGUCAUAUAAAAAACACAGACUAGAAAAGUCACAUAAGCUAGCUUAUGCCUAUAAGCUAGGCAGUCAUGACCAUUCAUCCUAUCCAAAUCGGGCAGUCAGGCCACCUUCACCAGCCAGCCUACAAUAUCCACAUGGGCCGACCAAACCACAUCAUUCAACCUGUCGACACAAUCAAAUAUUGCUGCCAAAGUCAUCCAGUUUAAAGAAAUUUACCAAGUGUCCCAGACAUCAUAACCUAAAAAGAGCAGUUAUUGCAGGAAGGGCAGACAUGUUAUCUAAGUCUCCAUUAGUCAACUCUUGUCCAUACUAUAAGGAAAAACACCUUGCCCACAGAGCUACUACUGAGUGUUUGGUCAGUGAUAUUUAUAGGGUCAAGAAUACAAAUGCUCAAAACAUACCUUUUCCACGUGAAGUGAAGCCUUUUUCCAAGUCCUUUCGUAAGGUAGAUUCCAGAGACAAUGCAAUCUAUGGCAAUGUGAAGGCCAGUGAUAAUGAGAGUGAGAGGGAAGUAACCAUUUUUUGCAACAUAAGCCUCAAUGAAAUCACUCGUAACAGAAUCUCGAGUAAUCGAUGGCUCAGUAAAAACAAAAAACCCCGGUGA